AUGUCCAAGAAGGGUUCGUCCAGCACGACAGAGAGCCCUGUGUCCCCAGUUUUCACGUCACCAUUCCAAACACGAUCCAACGAUAAUCCGGAUUUCUCCCCUCGACCAGGAAGUGGCAGCCGCCGUCUUCAGCACAAAAGCUCUACGGCCACCCAUUCCACCGGGCCCUUGGAUCGCGUCAUCACCUUCAGCUCGGGCUCCCCUAGCCUACGAUCGAAACGAAGCGAUAUUUCAUCCCCUUCUAGCAACAACCAUCCGUCUCAGAAGGUGCAGUAUGCCAUUCCUGAACAGCAUUAUACUACCAUUAGGCCCGGCGAUAUUGUAUCGUCGGGCCCAGAUGGAGACUAUCAGGGUCAGUUCAUCGAUGGAUGGACCUCCGCCCAGGGAAGGUCAUCCAUGAUCAGCUCUCCCUCCCGAGGCAGAGAUAGCAUGAGCUCACAAGGCCGGCAGCUUUCUAUCCUCGAUGAAGCGUCUCCUCCAUGCCCUGGAGAGACCAUUUUGGACAGAGCCUUUCAGCUGGGACACAUCCCCGGUGCCGGAUCCUAUGUUCCCGGUCAGGAAAAGCUCAGCUCCAUUGCGAGGUUUGAUGCCCUAAUGCGUGAUGCCGAGGAGAAGCGGCGAAAGCGGGACACUAUAACCAUGACAAGUGCGUUUGAUCAUGGCGAUACCUCGGAUGACAAUGGGCUAGACCCUGCCUCAGACGAUUCUGACUCUGAGAGCAACGGCCACUCCCAGAAACAGCACCAGAAUGAGCAACAUGGCGCACCACUCAUGUCGCCUUCUGCUCAGCGGGCCUUGGCGUACAUCACAGGCCGCCACGAUGGCGGUACUCUGAACCCAAAGUCUCAUCGCCCGGGCAUGUCGAGGAACCAUCUCAGUUUUCAUGCAGAUUCCGCUCGAACAUCCACUAUUAUCGCGCCACCCUCGCGCCCACACACGGCCCACGCCAAGAGCAGGCCCAAAGCCUCUCGAGCACAAACCACACCUCAUCCGAUACCCACAGCCACAGCAGCACCGGAUUUACCCUCGUCCGCGAAGGGCCAGGACAGUGGACACCACCGUUCUAGCACAAUGGCAGAAAAGCGACACUCCAACUCGAGUGCCAAAAGGUUGAGUUUCACCGAGUUUGCCAAGAGGUUAUCUAGCACCAGCAGCUUACUGCUCGUCCAGACGAACGCGAGCGGAGGGAGCAGCCAUGUCAGCAGCGAGGUCGACACCCAGCCGUGCUCGUCCGCACCGCGCACCAACCUUACCCUCCGCGGGACAGGACCUCUUCCACCGCGACCUAGGGACCGCGAGGACCAGGACAGACGGUGCGGAUGGCGAAGUAGCGUUGGCAUGGUAGGGACCGAAGGAGGCUUUGUAUAG